AAGAAAAAGAAAAAAAGUGCACACAGCCUGUGUCGAUUUACAUUCAAUCUCCAUAUUUCUCUCUGGAUGCAGAUGGUGUUUCCCAGCCAAAGUUUUUUGAGAUUGCUCUGGAUGGCCAAUUCCCCUUUUAAAAGUUAAUAUUAUUAAUUUUGCUGAUAGGGAUGGGUAAUAAAAAAGAGAUACAUUGGAGAGCUUAGAUCUAGUUAACGGUUCGUUAUUAAGCGCAGAGAGGGAUAGUUUUGAGAUUCCUCUCAGCUACAGGAAUUAGCAACACUCCAAGUUGUACGUGGACGACUUGAAUACGGAUGUAAGAAAAACUGCCCCAAAUUAGAAUGAUGCAGGAGUUGUGCGGGACUGGCUUCGUAAAGCAGAGCGCUUCCCAUCUCUGGAGGUCUUUCGUAGCUGUGGGAGGUGGCCUGGGUGACCGUUGGCCUCCUGGGAUAGCGAGGCUGGGUUUGGACAUGCACCCAGACGGAGCUCCACCACGCCGCCAGGGGGCGGCCUCUCCCGCAGCCGAGAUUGGCGGGCGGGGCCUUCCGGAAAGCGAGCAGGCCGGCCGUUGCUGGAGAGGGCGCCGGCCUCUCGCUUUUUCUCUGACCACCUUCUCCCGUGGGUAACUGGAGAGGUCUCUGGCGGGCAAGUUUGCGACAUGAUGAACACGUCAGGCUCGCGUCCGGGACAUCCCUGCGCGCGGGUCUCGCGGUGCGUCACCUUCAGCGCGAGCCAUCGGCUCCACAGCAAAUCUCUCAGUGAUGAAAAGAAUCUGAAGCUGUUUGGGAAAUGUAAUAAUCCCAAUGGUCAUGGGCAUAACUAUAAAGUUGUGGUGACAAUACAUGGCGAGAUUGAUCCUGUUACAGGAAUGGUUAUGAAUCUGACAGACCUAAAAGAAUAUAUGGAGGAGGCAAUUAUGAAACCCCUUGAUCAUAAGAACCUGGACCAGGAUGUACCUUACUUUGCAGAUGUCGUGAGCACAACAGAAAAUGUAGCUGUAUAUAUCUGGGAAAAUCUUCAGAAGAUUCUUCCUGUGGGAGUCCUUUAUAAAGUCAAAGUGCAUGAAACUGACAAUAACAUCGUUGUCUACAAGGGAGAAUUAUCAGCCCUUGGGAAUUAAUAUUACUAUCUUAACAUUAAAUUCAUGGCUAAUCUUUUUGUAAAAGAACAUAUCUGUUGAAGUAUAUUAAUAAGCUGCUAUAUUGAUGCUACUAUUGUGUCUUGGAAUAUCUGAAUGUAAAAACCUUUCAAAUUUGUAGAAUUUUUAUUUAAAUCUAGAGAGUUGUACUUUACAAAUUAAAAGAAAAAUUGUUGUCAUAGUGCUUUGCUAGGUCAUUAAAAAACAAACCAACAAACUCUUUCUUUUAUUUUGUUAUAGUCAUCUAGUUUUCCUAAUUGAGAAAAUCUCUAGACAUGAAUAAUAAAUGAAUGAAUUAAAAAGCAUUGUAUAAGUGCCUACUAUGUACCAUCCAUAAUGCUAAACUUUGAGGAUACAGUAAAGCAGACAGGCCUUCCUUUCAGUGAGUUUACAUACAACAUAUAAAUCAAAGUGGUGGUCAAUGAAGAUUAUUUGCUUGGAAAGUUAAAGGCACAGAAUAGAAUCAUAGGAGAAUGAAGAUUGACACAUCUUUUCAGGAACUAUAGCAGAAUUGAUAGGAAUAUUAGGAAUAGAAAGGGUGGGUGAAGAAGUCUGAGGUUUAAAAUGAAAUAUGUCAGAGACAGAACCUAGAUUUGGUGGGCCACUAUGGCAACCAUAAUUAGCCUCUAAGGCCCAAAGAUAGGACUUGUAGGUAAGAACAUGUUAGGUCCUCCAGGGUACAAUUCUGGAGGUAAAGGAUGCUUUUGUAACUUAUUUGAAAUAUUAAAAUGUGUGUAGAACUUUACAAUAAAUCAAGUUUGAAUGACGUAGCUGAUUUUGAAGACCAUGAAUAGUGAUUACUUAUUAUACAUCCUCUUAAAAUAAUUGAACAAAAAAAGGAGGCUCUAUUCUUGUGUGACAACCCUCCCAUAGGAAUUGCUUACUCAUUGUCCCUAAUCAUUUUUCCUCUGUUAAUUUGUAUUAAAUUAAAUGAAUGUAAAUCUGUAGGUCUAUGUUGUGUGCACAGAACUUUUUCUUUCUUGGAUUCUCAUUUGCAUUGCUGGGGGGAAAGGGGAGGAGUAUCUCCUUUUCUUCUUUGUGCUUUGUAUCCAGUAAAGAAUCAGCUUGACAAUGAAAGGCCAGAAUAUGUUUUAAAGUAUUAAACUUAAUACAGUUUCAUGUGCAAACAUAUUUUGUUGUUGUGGUGGUUGUACCAUGUUAAAGAAAUGAUUGUUUUGUUCUGUGAAUUAAAAAUAAAUUUAAAAACAAUUAAGA